AUGAAGAAGUUUUUCUACUCAUUAUUAUUAUUAUUUUCAAUUGCAGCCGUUUCUGCAGAAGAUGAUGAAGAUCUCGCAUUUUUACAAUGUGAUCCAACCUGUGCUGAAACUCUUGAAAUCCAACAGAGGGAAUGUGGUUCAUCAACAGAUGUUGCAGUAGUUGUUGCCUGUCUUUGUGAGUUAGGUUUAGAUUUCUGGAAUCCAUUUGCUGAAUGUACUUUUAAAUGUGAUGACCAAAUUCCUCAAACUUAUUCGAGAAAUGGUGAGACUUAUAAGGCAUUUUAUUGUUCUGCUGCUCAAGAACUUCUUCAAAAUGUUGCUGCUGAAGCCGAGAGUCCUUCAAGUACCGCUGCUCAAUCUUCAAGUACUGUUGUUCAAUCUUCAAGUACUGUUGUUCAAUCUUCAAGUGUUGUUCAACCUUCAAGUGUUGCUGAAUCGUCCAGUGCUGCCGAACCUGCUGCUGAACCGGCUGCUGAACCUGCUGUUGAACCUGCUGCUGAACCUGCUGCUGAACCUGCUGCUGAACCGCCAAGCGAUGCUCAAUCUUCAGGCGUUGUCGAAGAAUCUUCAAGCGCUAGUACCGAGAACACUGUUUCUAUUGAAGAAACAAUAUACGACGGUUCUGCUGGUUCUAUGUUGGUAGCUCGUACUUUGAUGUAUUUGGCAGCAGCUGCUGCUUUUAUCUAA